AUGCGGGCAAAAGAACCCCAGGGCCACCCGCAGGCUUCCUCGGGGACCCGUUUUAUUUUCGCGGAGUUGGUUUUCCUUCUUGGCAGAGGCUGGUGCGGAAUGUCAGGUGAUCAAGCACGUACUUUUUUCUUACAGUCAGGUCUGCCGGCUCCUAUUUUAGCUGAAAUAUGGGCUUUAUCAGACCUGAACAAGGAUGGGAAGAUGGAUCAACAGGAGUUCUCCAUAGCUAUGAAGCUCAUCAAACUAAAGCUUCAAGGCCAACAGUUGCCUGUGGUUCUCCCUCCAAUUAUGAAACAACCCCCUACGUUCUCUCCAUUAAUUUCUGCUCGGUUUGGAAUGGGAAGCAUGCCCAACCUGUCCAUUCCUCAGUCAUUGCCUCCAGUUGCACCUAUAGCAACACCCUUGUCCUCUGCGACUUCAGGGACCAGCCUUCCUCCCUUAAUGAUGCCUGCUCCCCUAGUGCCUUCUGUUAGCACAUCAUCAUUACCAAAUGGAACUGCAAGUCUCAUUCAGCCUUUAUCCAUUCCUUAUUCUUCUUCAACAUUGCCUCAUACAUCAUCUUACAGUCUGAUGAUGGGAGGAUUUGGUGGUGCUAGUAUACAGAAAGCCCAGUCUCUGAUUGAUUUAGGAUCUAGUAGCUCAACUUCCUCAACUGCUUCACUCUCGGGGAACUCGCCCAAGACUGGAACCUUGGAGUGGGCAGUUCCUCAGCCUUCGAGAUUAAAAUAUCGACAAAAAUUUAAUAGUCUUGACAAAAGCAUGAGUGGAUACCUCUCAG